AUGGAGUACUUCAUCGGGUUUGACGUGGGAACGGGCUCUGGCCGCGCCUGUCUUGUCGACCGCAACGGCAAGCUCCUGGCCGACCACUCGGCGGAAACGCAGACACACCGCUCGCCCUCAGACCACCGGAUUUUCGAGCAGUCAACGGAGGACAUUUGGGGGGCGCUGGCGCAGUGUUCCAAGAGGGUACUUGCGGACUCUGGCGUUAGUCCUAAGCAGAUCAAGGGCGUAGGGUUUGAUGCGACGUGCUCCCUCGCCGUAACCGACCGUAACGGUCGGCCCGUCAGCGUCUCCCGCACAAAAGGCGAGAACGAGGACGACGCCAACCUCGGCGGCGAGGGCGAGUGGAACGUUAUCCUGUGGGCAGAUCACCGCGCCGAGGAGGAAGCGGACGCUAUCAAUGCCACCGGUGAAGGUGUGCUCAACUUUGUUGGCGGGACUAUGAGUCUAGAGAUGGAGGCUCCGAAGACGCUCUGGCUCAAGAAGCACAUGGAUGCCGGGAAGUUCAAGCAGUGCAUGUUCUUCGACCUGCCCGACUACCUUACGUACCGUGCGACAGGGUCGCUCGCGCGCUCAAAUUGCUCCCUCGCGUGCAAGUAUUCGUAUGUGCCGCCGGGGACGACCAUGGAGCACGCGAGCGACGGGACCACAGAGGUCAGCGAGUACGGGUGGAGCAAGCGCUUCUUCGACAAGAUUGGCUUGGAGGACAUUACGGCGCGUGACUUUGAACAAGUCGGCGGGAUUCCCGGGAAGAAUGGGCUCGUGCUCUCCGCAGGGCAGCCGGUGGGAAACGGACUGAGCCAGGAAGCGGCGGCCCAACUCGGUCUGAUCGAGGGCACGGCCGUGGGCAGCGCGGUCAUUGACGCUUACUCGGGGUGGAUUGGGACUGUUGCGGCUGCAUCACGUGCGGAUGAUGGACAGCUGAGCGAGGCGGCCACGCUCGAUGGAGCCGCAAGCCGCCUCGCCGCUGUGGCCGGUACAAGCACAUGUCACCUGGCACAAACCAAGGAGGGGAUCAUGGUCCCAGGGUACGUCAGCCGCGCCGAAGUGGACUUCAGCUCACCCGCAGAGUCGUAUUGGGGACCGUACCGCAACGCCAUCUUCCCAGACUACUGGCUGAACGAGGGCGGGCAGUCGUCGACAGGCCAGCUGAUUGACUUUGUCAUUGCCAAACACGCUGCCUACCCGCAGUUGCUGGAGCUAUCGAAGAGCACUGGCAAGAGCACAUACGAGCUCCUCGGAGACCAGCUUGACAAGAUGCAGGCGGUCGCGAAGGCUUCGACGAGGGUCCACCUCACCAAGGACUUGCACUUCUAUCCGGACCUUCAUGGCAAUCGAUCUCCCCUUGCGGAUCCAAAGAUGCGCGGCAUGAUCACGGGGUUGGAGCUCGACGCCUCCCUCGACGAUCUCGCAGCAAAGUUCAGCGUCACACUCGAGGCGAUCGCCCUCCAGACACGGCACAUUGUGGAGACGAUGAACGCAAAGGGCCACUGCAUCGACAGCAUCUACAUGUCGGGCUCGCAAGCGAAAAACCUCCCGCUGAUGCGCCUCCUCGCGACGGUGCUGGACAUGCCUGUCGUGCUGCCCCCGCACCCUUCCGCCGCCGUCGUGUUCGGCUCGGCGAUCCUGGGGCGCUUUGCAUACGAGGCGUCACGGACAUACUCGAUCCAAUCUCAGGCGGACGCAGACAGGGCGGCACAAGAUAGUGUCAAGCUGUGGGACAUCAUGGUCGAUAUGACGCCCACCGCUACUCGCGUAGAGCCCAUGAGAGGAGAGAAGGGCGCCACGGAGAGGAAGCUCUUGCAGGCCAAAUACGAGAUUUUCCUCGAAAGCAUCGAGAUCCAGAAGCGCUGGCGGCAGCGCAUCGCUGAGGCUAUUGCGUAA